AUGUCCGCCCCAUCACAUCCCGACGUGAUCAUCCUCAUCGCCUCCGACGGCGCCUCGCACACCUUCAACGCUCGCGAGUUGCGGCACUGGGCGCCUCGCCUGGCCGGUGAGCACGGCUACAUCCGCUCUCUCUCGGACACGACGAUCGAAGGAACCAAGACGCUCGAAGCCUUCGCUGCACUAGUGAGCUACGGAACCCUCGACAGCCACCACGGGACGGGACUCUUCGCCCUCCUCGCCUUUCUCGACAAGUGGGCUCCAUUGCUAGUGGACGUGUUUUCUCGACUUGUGUUGCACGCCAUUUGGCGAAGGGACCACGCGCUCCAACCCCAAUUGGCGAUUGCGCUGCUCGCCACAGCGGGGAAGACUGAGCUCGUGCGCGAGGUGCUGUUCCUGGCCUCGCUCGAGCUUGGGAUUGGAGAGGCGGGCGAGGCCCUCGAGGUCUGGGAGAGCGUGCCGGACAAGUACCGCAAGGCUGUGGAGCAGGCGAGCGAGAGUGUCGCAGACCUCGAGGGUGAUGCACGGCUCGAGGCACUGCCCUGUGCGUUUGACAAGUUCUUCAAGGCAUGA